AUGUGUCCCACAUGCUCUAAUGCAAAAAAAGGGUUUUGUGACCAAGGGACAUAAAAUAAAAGGCGUCUCGACUUAAUUGCAACAUGCUUUGCGCAUGGCGAAAACAAAACGGUGCCAGCGGCUACUGAUGCUGCAUUAUAUAAAGCAUGUCACAAAGUGCAGCAGUUUUAAUACGGACUAGUCCUAAUGGUGAUGAGAACGUCAGGGUUUUGGUGUCCGUCUAUAUUCAGAAAAUAAUUAUUUUCAUAGUACCCAUACACUUUUCGUAAUAUUUAAAAUGUUUCGAAAAUCGCCAACUCUACUUAUUAUAGCCGGAUUUUUGAUCUACUUUAUCUGCAUUAGCGAAGGAAACGUAGGUGAUGGCACACUAGCGCCAACUUCAUCGGAUCUUCUUUAUAUAAAGGCUCUAGGGCCGGCUGCGAUUCUAACCAAAUUACCAAAUAUAACAAAUGAGUUUAGUUCCAGAAUAUUCAAUUCCAUUCGCGUAUUGCCGUCACUAAAAGAAAUGGCAGCUCGAUCAAUGAAACGAAGUCAAAACAACAUGACACGUGGUUAUUUUUCCGAGAUCUCUAAUCAAAGUCGAGUUCCGCGAAAAGCAUCGGCAGACAUGCUGAGUCGCAAUAUAUCAAUGAUUUUGGAAAACCUACUGAAGCGCUACGAACAAUCGCAGCUACCCACACAUGGACAAGGAGUUCCCACGGUGGUGCAAACAAAUAUUCUUAUCCGUAGCAUGGGUCCGGUUUCGGAACUGGACAUGGACUACUCGAUGGAUUGCUAUUUCCGGCAGUAUUGGCGGGACAAACGGCUGAGCUUCAAGGGACCCAUCAAAAGUUUAUCCCUAAGCAUCAAAAUGCUCGACAAGAUUUGGAGGCCGGACACAUAUUUCUACAACGGCAAGCAUUCCCAAAUUCACAUGAUUACUGUGCCCAACAAAUUGCUUAGACUCGACCAAAACGGAGGGAUUCUCUACUCAAUGCGAUUAACAAUUAAGGCCACGUGUCCCAUGGAACUGCAAAACUUUCCCAUGGACAGGCAAUCAUGCCCCCUUGUCAUAGGAAGUUAUGGUUAUAUCAACCAACAGCUAAUCUAUGAAUGGAAAAAUCAAGAUGAUGCCGUCUCUUUCGUUCCGGGGAUGACUUUAAAUCAAUUUGAUCUUAUAAGCAUGAUGCAUCGCAAUUUUACAACAGUGCGUCGCGAAGGUGAUUUUUCGGUCUUACAUGUAGCAUUUAAUCUCAAACGUCACACUGGAUAUUUUCUGAUUCAAGUAUAUGUGCCCUGUAUACUGAUCGUGGUUUUGUCAUGGGUCUCGUUUUGGAUACAUCGCGAGGCCACGAGCGACCGGGUCAGUCUGUGUGUAACCUCGGUGCUGACUCUAUCCACCAUUAGCUUGGACUCACGCACAGAUUUGCCAAAAGUCAAGUAUGCCACCGCCUUGGAUUGGUUUCUAUUGAUGAGCUUUCUAUAUUGCAUUGCCACACUACUGGAAUUCGCCGGCGUGCACUACUUUACGAAGCUCGGGAGCGGAGAGAGUCCUCAGCUGGAGGAUCAGUGGGAGGACAUCUGCAUAGCUAACUCUAUGUCGGAUCACGCGGCUGAUGGCGAUGGUGAUGCCGAUGCCGAUGUUGAUGGUGAUCCUUUUGCAGAUGAGGGCUCCAGUGAUGGCACUGAAAAUGACGAAAACGAGGGUCCAGUUAGUGAAUCGAUUGACUCUAAAACCGGGGUAUGUGCUUGCAACAAACACGAUGCUCUUGAUCUGGAAUAUGAGGUUUCAUUGCAAAAUUCCUUGGCCGGACCUGGUUUUAUAAAGCGCAACGCUAUUUUCUGUCCAACAUAUAAUGAUCCGUCGUAUAUCCUGCCGAACACCAUGGAGAGAACCACUCAAACAGAGCCUCCGGCCGUCUCACGAUUGCAUCAGAUGUGGAUGUGCCUGAAGAGUGACAAUAGUUUCCGGAAACAACGGGAACGCAACGCAGCGGCACAAAAAAGCGAACAAGGGGGCGCCAAUUGCUAUGUGAAUAGUGUAUCCCUUAUCGAUCGAGUGGCACGAGUCGCCUUUCCCAUGUCCUUUGCAUUUCUAAACGUUUUAUACUGGUGGGCUUACGGAAUGUAUAAAAAAGAGUUCUCAUGGUCCAAUAUGAGGACAUAGACAAGAUAAAUGAAUGUUAAAACAAUUACCAGAAUUAUAUACUACUUAAAAACUUUUAUUGUGCGCUACUUUUUUAAUUUUGGGCUUUCUGGCUUGCCGGCAAAAGCUCGUCGGAUGGGGGAGAGAUCCUAGUGGUGAGUGGUCGCAAUAUAUUUGAUCAUAGGCAUAUCAUUUUCAAA